AUGCCCAGGGUAAUCAGCGGAUCCUUGAUCUUGCUGUUGACACGUGGUCAUGUUCCUGUGCCUGGGAUUGACAAGAUGCUAGACAUGACUCUUGAACAAUCGGGAAUCAAACGUCUGGUCCGAGGCCAUCCCUCCGGUCACCCACUGAAUGUUGGACUACCCCAGGGUAGCAUUGAGCGUGUUAUCAAUAAGAAGAUACAUGAAGAUGUUCUAUAUCUUUUAGUAGUGAAUUUGCCAUGCAAGAAAGAAGUGCAGGAGUCUGUUAAUCAGUUGGAACGUCUAAUGAAGAAGAAUGACGUCAAUGCCGAUUCGCAUUAUAUUGUUGCCGGUGGACAAUUUCAUUAG